AUGUUUAAAAAAACAUAUAUCCUUAUAGUUUUAGUACGUCUAGACAAUGAAUUGAUAUACUAACAUAAUAAAAUGAUAUUUUAUUUUUGAGGUAUGGAUAUUGAUGAAGCGAUGACUCCCGAAGGCUCGCCUUCUCGUAAUGAUGAAUUUCAGAGAAAGCGUUCACGGUCUUCCUCCAAGGCAGCAGCUAAGUCUAAGAGAGGCAAAAAGCGAUCAAAGAAGAAACGCAAAGAGUCUUCCAGCUCCUCCUCCUCCAACAGUGAGUCACCCCGUAGUUCACGGUGUGCAAGUAAGAGACGAUCCAAGGAAAAAGGUAGUUGGUCUACUGAACAGGUACUGGAUAUAUUUAAUACCCUUCAAGGGCAUAAGUGCAAGAUAAGUAAUUUAAAUAAUAAUCUUCUCAACAAUGUAAUACCAGAAUUUGAUCCGUCAAGUAAAACUCAGAAUAUCGACUGUUGGGUUAGGAAAGUAAAUGAAUGUGCUUUAAUCUAUGAAUGGGACGAGAAGCAGACCAUACAUUUUGCUCUGCAGAAACUGUCUGGCUUGCCAAAGAAGUGGUUCGAAGCCCUUCCUAGCGUUGUUUUCAAUUGGUCAGAGUGGCAGGACAAACUUACAAGAGCUUUCCCAAAUGAGCAAAAUUAUGGUCGGCUUCUCGAAGAAAUGUUAUCUCGCAGUACUCGUAGUAACGAAAGUUUACGUGAGUACUUCUACGAUAAGUUAACGUUGUUGAACAGAUGUGAAAUAAGAGGCAAAAAGGCCGUCGAUUGUAUUAUCCACGGAAUACUAGAUACAUCUAUUAGAAGCAGUGCACAGGCACUGACUUGUCGCGAACCGGAAGACUUGUUGAAUUUUCUAAGCUCCCAACGUCCUAUGUUAGAAAAUAAAACAUUCAAUAGGAAACGUAGCGAUAAUACGAUAGUUCGAACGGGUAACACUGCAUCAUCCUCAGGCGAAAGUUUGUUAACUUGUUUCAAUUGCCGCUCAAAGGGACACCCUUACCUUCGAUGCCCUAAACCUCUUACGAAAUGUGUAAAAUGCCAUCAGGUAGGCCACAACAGCGAUAAUUGUAAACUAGAGCCGUUGAUCUUGCGAAAUGAGCCUAAACAAAUUUUUAACUAUAUCUACCCUCAGUAACAACAGCGACAAAUUUUACAAAACGGUUAAGGUAAACGAUAAGUCUUUAACUGCAUUUAUUGAUUUCGGCAGUGAAUGUAGUUUAAUCAGGGAAUCUGAUGCUCAAAGUCUGAAUUUAACUAAAAACUCAACGGAGUUGCCAGUAAUCAAAGGGUUCGGGAACUCUAAAGUAUUUCCAGUAUAUAGGACCAACGUCGAUUUGAAAUUAGAUGAAGUUGAGGUUAAUGUAGAGUAUUUAAGAAUAGUCGUCAGUUAACUUUUUACCAGAGCCCUGAUAUCGAUACCAUACCAGAGCCGGUAAAAUGUUUGAAGUUAAAU